CACCUUCUAGGAAAGAAGUCCUGGAAUGUCUACAAUACAGACAACGUCGCCCGCGUCCGGCGCGACGAGGAAGCAGCAGCCGCCGCCGAGCAUGCCGCCGAGCAGCGCAUGCAGGAGGCUGAUGCCGCACGAAGGCUCGCCAUCCUGCGCGGCGAGACACCGCCACCCCUACCCGAGGCCGAGCCUGAGAACGAUCCCUCAGAUAAGAACUUCGCGCGCCAGGAUAGGGGAAGAAGUGCCUCGGGAUUCACCUCCCGCAAACGGAAGCGCGCGGGUGAGGACGAUACCGACUUUGAGAUGAGGCUGGUGAGGGAGAGGGCUGAGAUUGGAGCGAAUGUGGCGGCUGAGCUCGCGAUUCCGGGUGGCGCCAAGAAGGGCGACACGCAGAUUGUCGAUGGGCGUGGGCAUAUUGACCUGAUCGGACCGCCUCCGGAGACCGGGAAGGAGAAGAAUGCGGAGUACGAGCGAGAGAAGGCGAAGAAGCAGCGGGAGAUGGAGGAUCAGUAUACCAUGCGCUUCUCGAAUGCGGCCGGUAGAGAUGGCAUCGCGGCUGGUGACCCUUGGUAUACAAAGUCUGACAGCCGAUCGCGGACCGGGAUCGAGGCUCCGACCAAGAAUGUUUGGGGCACAGAUGAUCCUCGGAGGAAGGCUCGUGAGACGCAGAGAAUGGCCUCGAAUGACCCGCUGGCCAUGAUGAGGAGGGGCGCGCAAAAGAUCCGCGAGAUCGAGAAGGAGAGAAGGCAGGAAAACGAGCAGAGAGAGCGAGAGCUUAAAGAGCUUCGCAGGGAGGAGCGCAGGCGAGAAAAGCGCCGCAGGAAAAACAGGCGCGAAGAAGAAGACGAA